AUGUCGAAGAAAGAAGACGAAAUGUCCAGGAAGGAUGAGCCUUGUCGGGAUCUCAAAUCCAAGAAUGAUAGUAAGGAGCGGUUACGACGUCUCGAGUCUCAAAUGGAACGAAUGAAUGAUGUUCUGCAAGCCCUUACUGAGCGCGGAAAUCCAGACCCGAGUUUAUCAGAUGCAAGGGCGUCGCAACGACAGCCAGAAGUCACAGAUACGCCCCGGGACACAGCCAACGAGACCACGGAAGCCUCGGUGCCUUGCUUCAAUGCCUCUGAAUAUCCUCAUCCUCCGCCCGAGGUUCUUUUGCACUUUGUUGAAGUAUACAAAGCCAGGCUCCACGCACAACCUCUAUCUAUUUUUGACGUCGACACACUGGCUGCACAAGCUGCCAGUUUCCCGCCUUUUCUCUUGCGAAGUUUCUUAGCGAUCACGAUGCUUUUCUCGGACCAUGCGUUCUUCGGAGUUGCGAAAGAAGAGGCAAUUGACUUUUACGUUCGUUCGGCUCGUGGGACUGCAUUGUAUCUGGCAACUGAAGGAAAUUCAUCGGUGGAAAUCUUGCAGUCUCUUUGCUUACUCACCUUAAGUGACCUCGCCGCCGGCCGUCGAUCACGGAUGUGGAUGAACAUAGGCAUUGCCUCUCGACUUGUCCUUACACCCCAAAAUCAUCUGAGGUCACCAGUGGGGACUACAACAACCACGGAACAAAAGGCAAGGUGCUUAUGGAGUGUAUUCGUCCUUGAGAGGGCGUUCACAUCAGGCCCGACUUUGCUCCAAAUCGACACUCCCCCACUAGCCAACCUCAGUUACCCUCCCAGCCCAGCACGGCCACCUACAGUCAUUGACCUAGGUGCCUCCAGUGUGCCCUAUUCCGCUGCCAGCAGUGCGACUACUGACCUGGGAGUCAACGCAUACUGUCUGCAGUUGAUCUCACUAUGGGGUGACGUUGUAGCAUAUUCCAGACAGUUACGACUUGGACAGGGUGAGGACCCUUGGUUGGUCUCUUCUUCCUACCACAUUUUAAUGGCGAAAUAUCGUCAAUUCGAGGCAGGUCUUGCCCAGAUGCAUCGAUUAAAGAACGUGGGUUUUCAAGAUAUAGCACUAAACGAUUUCUCCCAAAACCGAUAUUAUUGGACGGUGUGGAUACAGCACCAGGUGUGCUUUCAUGCAGGGCAUGCGCUCUUGCAUCACCCGAUUUUCUACAUUACCAAUUCUCGCAAAUUCAGUGCCAAAUACCCACCGCCAUCUUUCCUCCAGCAAACUGUCGAUCAGGCACUCCUUCACUCGGGAUGGAUAGUGCGUCUUUUGCGUACAUGGGAUCUUCUUGGGUUCGAGCUCAAUGACCCUCUCUUAGGCCAUUUUCUUGUUAUUUCUGCAACAAUCCAUUGGAUAUUCCAGUUUGCCAGUGACGAAGCUGUGGCGGAUAGGGCACGCUCUGACUUUGCAGAUUGUCAACGACUUUUAAUCGCAAUAAAUAGGAAAUGGCCGCAAUUCUCCUCUGUAGUGGGCGGUCUAGAGUUCAUACAAAGCCUUGCGCGACAAGCCCACGAAACAACCGGAAACAGAGGCAUUCCGUCGCUCAAACAAUCUCUGCUAUGGGAUUUGCUCGAUUCCGACCUACCAAGUUCUGACUUUGAUCCAUCUACGUAUCUAGUGGCACCAAGUGGGCAGCGUGUUGAAACGCAACAUCUUGCCCCUCUGCAUGAGCCUUCCUCUGUGCCCGAUGGGGGUUAUUCCAAUGACUAUCUUGGCUCCGCAGAAUAUCAAGCCCUACAAUCCCCGAUCUUUUUUCCAACUUCGACUCUGAACAACGACCUUUUUAGCGACAUUGAUCUCUCCAUCUUCUCGCGGGUAGAGGGCCAGUCUAGUCUCAACUUACAUGGCGGUUUGUAG